AUGGCCAAAGUUUUCUACGGCACUGUCAAGUCAGUGCUGAGUGGAGACACGCUGGUCGUUGCCAACAUCAACAAUCCUGCCAAUGAGCGCACCUUCUCGCUGGCCUUUGUCUCUGCCCCCCGCCUGAGCAAAGACGGCGAUGAGCCCUUUGCUUUUCAGUCACGCGAGUUCCUGAGGAACCUGACGGUUGGGAAGCAGAUCAAGUGCACCGUUUUGUACAUCAUUCCAAACUCUGGCAGAGAGUACGGAACUGCAGCCCUCCAGGACAAGACUGAGUUUCCGGACGAGUCGGUCAAAGCUGGCUGGCUCAAGGUCAGGGAAGACGCCGGAAGGAAGGAGGAGUCGGAAGAAAUUCUCGAGAGACUUGACAACUUGUGCAACCUGGAGACCCAAGCCAAGAAUGAGAACAAGGGUCUCCAUGCCGGCACCGGCGGCAUCAUCGAGGUCCAGAACGACAUUGGUGGCCCCGAGUUCUUGAACGAGUGGAAGGGGAAGACGGUAGAUGGAAUUGUCGAACGCGUCAUCAGCGGAGACCGCCUGCUCAUCCGCCUACUCCUCACCGAGAAGAAGCACUGGCAGGUCAUGACACUGCUUGCUGGCAUCCGCACUCCGUCAACCGAGCGGAUCAACACGUCUACUGGCCAGACCCAGCCCGGAGAGGAAUAUGGCAGCGAAGCCCGCGCAUACGUCGAGCAGCGACUCCUCCAACGCCAGGUAAAGGUCAAGAUUGUCGGCGCCAGUCCUCAGGGCCAGCUUGUCGCCACUGUUCUGCACCCGGUUCGAGGCAAUAUUGCAGAGUUCCUCCUGCAGGAUGGUCUUGCCCGGUGCAACGACUUCCAUUCUACCAUGCUCGGCAGCGACAUGGCCGCCCUCCGUGAGGCCGAGAAGAAAGCCCAGGCUGCCCGUGUGCGUCUGCACAAGAACCACGUGGCCAAAUCUACCGACAGCAAAGACCUUGAGAUGACCGUCAUCAAGAUCAUUGGUGCCGAUGCUAUCAUCGUCCGCAACAAGGCCGGCGACGAGAAGAGGAUCAACCUGAGCAGUGUCCGUGGGCCCCGUGCCGGAGAGCCUUCCGAGUCGCCUUUCAGAGACGAAGCAAAGGAGUUCCUGAGGAAGAGGUUCAUUGGCAAGCACGUGCGCAUUACCAUCGACGGUUCCAAGGCCGCCACGGACGAUUUUGAGGCUCGCGACGUUGGCACUGUCAUCCAGAACGGCAAGAACAUCAACCUCACGCUCGUUCAGGAGGGCUACUGUUCCGUCAUCAGACACAGGAAGGACGACACAGACCGCGCACCAAACUACGACGAGCUUCUAGCGGCCCAGGAAACUGCAAAGGAGGAGAAGAAGGGCAUGUGGUCCGGCAAGCCUCCCAAGGUGAAACAAUAUGCGGAUAUGUCAGAGAGCGUCCAGAAGGCCAAGAUUCAGCUAUCCACCCUUGCUCGGCAACGGAAAGUUCCCGGCGUCGUUGAUUUCUGCAAGUCCGGGUCUCGCUUCACCAUCUUGAUCCCCCGCGAGGGCGCCAAGUUGACGCUCGUGCUUGCUGGCGUUCGCGCUCCCCGUGCGGGUCGGACUCCGCAGGAGAAGGGAGAGCCUUUCGGGCAGGAGGCAUUGGAUCUGGCCAACAGACGCUGCAACCAGAGAGAUUGCGAGAUCGACGUGCACGACAUCGACAAGGUCGGCGGCUUCAUUGGCGACCUGUACAUCAACCGCGAAAGCUUCGCAAAGCUUCUCGUCGAGGAGGGCUUGGCCUCUGUCCACAAAUACUCGGCCGAGAAGUCAGGCAAUGCGGCCGAGCUCCUGGCUGCGCAGAAGCGUGCCAAGGAGGGCAAGAAGGGGAUGUGGCACGACUGGGACCCGUCUCAGGAUGAAGUCGAGGAGACCGAGGCGGCACCGGCGGAUUCUGCCGCGGACGCCGCCGUGACGAUCGACAAGAAACCUGAAGACUACCGAGACAUUGUCGUCACCAACAUCGACGCUGCCGGCAAGCUCAAGAUCCAAGAAAUUGGCAAGGGCACUGCUUCGCUGACGACCAUGAUGAACGAGUUCAGGAAGUUCAACCUGGACCCCAAGAACAACGUCGCCGCCAAGGAGAACCCAAAGGCCGGAGAUUACGUGGCUGCCAAAUUCACGGCAGACGGCGAGUGGUACAGAGCUCGCAUCCGGUCCAACGACCGCGCUGCCAAGGUGGCCGAGGUGGUCUAUAUCGACUACGGCAACUCUGAGAAGCAGCCGUGGUCGAAGCUCCGCCCGCUGGACCAGGCGCAGUUCGGCACGCAGAGGCUGAAGGCUCAGGCCGUGGACGCACAGCUCUCGUUUGUGCAGCUCCCCGUGGCCCCUGACUAUCUCAGCGACGCCAUCAACUUCAUAUACGAGCUCACCGAGGGCAAGCAGCUUGUGGGGAGCUUUGACUUUGUCGACACCAAGGAAAACCUAAGCUACAUCACCAUCUUUGACCCCAAGUCCCAGGGUUCUGCAAAGGUCACGGAAUCCGUGAACCGAGAAAUCGUCCUGAACGGGCAUGCCAUGGUCCCGCGCAAGCUUAAGCCCUGGGAGAGGAGCAAGGUGUUCGAGCCCGUGCUCAGGAGCUUGAAGGAGGCCGAGACAAAGGCAAAGGAGGACCGUCUGGGCAUGUGGGAGUACGGCGAUCUCACCGAAGAUUAG